GUUUGAUUGGUCAGUUAUUUGCACACACGGCAAAAUGGCGUCUGUAAUGAUUUCUUACCGAGCUGUUUUAUGUUUUUACGCGUUCUUUGGUGUUAUUUUAGCCACAUGGAACACCAAAGAUUACCUAAAACGAGAACAUACUCUUGUUAAACCGUAUUCGGGCUCUGGAAUGAAUAUCCAUCUAUGGGACUACGUUGGCACUACCAUGGUCACUAGCAACUACAUUCGCCUCACACCAGACAGACAAAGCUCACAAGGCGCCAUCUGGAACUCAGUGCCAUGUAUGAUUAAAAACUGGGAGCUUCAUGUCCAGUUUAAAGUACAUGGUCAGGGCAAAAACCUGUUCGGAGAUGGGUUUGCAAUCUGGUAUGCAAGAGACAAGUUACAGCUAGGUCCAGUGUUUGGUAGCAAGGAUUAUUUUGUGGGAAUGGCAAUCAUCGCUGACACAUACAGCAAUCACAAUGGACCACAUAACCACCAGCACCCGUAUGUGUCAGCCAUGAUAAACAACGGUUCCCUGCACUAUGACCAUGACAAAGACGGUACCCACACAGAGCUGGCAGGCUGUACCUCAACAUUCAGAAACCAGGACCAUGAUACCUACUUGGCUAUCAGAUACGAAGGUUCCCUCAGUAAACUGAAGGUUUCCAUGGAUAUAGAUGGUAAAGACGGCUGGAAGGAGUGUUUCACUGUGGACGGGGUGAGACUGCCCCUGGGGUACUACCUUGGUGCCUCUGCAGCAACAGGGCAGCUUGCAGAUAAUCAUGACAUCAUCUCCAUGAAGUUUUAUGAACUUGAUGUACCUGAUAAACCGGGAGACCACAAUAAGCAGCACACUGGUUUACCCGAGGCCGAUUUCUUUGCAUCCCCAAGAGAUCACGUUGAUGACGCUAAAGGAGGCUUCAUGUCCGGGAGCUCGUGGUCGGGACUUAAAAUAUUCUUUGUUGUAAUUCUGGUGCUAGUGGGCAUAGUGGUGUGCGGUAUUGUAGGCUACGUAAUAUUCAACAAAGAGGACCCAACAAAACGGAAACGCUUGUAUUGAGAUGGCCAACACAUGGUCCUGGCUUCAAAGUUCUAAGUUAAUCGUGAAGAUUGAAAUAUUCUGGCAUCAGAAAAAUUCAAACCUGCUUUGGAGAGUGAAUUAUUUUAUAGAUCCUCUUUUUUUUGUGGCUUUGGAAACACAAUUGUUUAUGUACAUUUAAACACCUGAAUGUGAUAUGUUAAGUGGGUAUGUCCGUAUCACUGGUUUGCAAUAUAUUUUAAUUGAUAUAUCAUAGUUAUUACCUGAUGAGAGAUUGAGUAGAAAUCUGUUGUUAUAUGUAUUUUCGAAGUGGCCAUCUAAUAAUAUAUAUCAAUGGGCGUUUUUUUGUGUUUUUUUUUCAUGUGAUAUGUGUUUAAUUCUGAGAUGUUUUCUGUCAGAACAGUUUUUAGAAAAAGCAGGAAGAUUUGAAAUAUGAAUUAGAAUGCCUGUAUAUGAAUUAAUAUAUAGUACAUGUUGAUUCUUGUUGAACAAUUCAGGAAUAUUGAUAAAGAUUUUUUUAUUGAAUGUUAUGAUUUGUGUGCAGGUUAAAGGUGUAAAUAUAUCCCAUCUGGUAUAUCUGCUUAUAUUCUGGGGAAGGAAAGCCUACCGGUAGUUUCGAAAGGGAUUUUAUAUGAUUGUAAUAGCAAAAUUAUUAAACAACAUAAGAUUAUAUUUAAUUGUUCAUUUUGUUAAGAUUCUUUCACGGAGUCGGAAAUAAUUGUCUUUCAGAAGAAAAUUGAAAACUUAAAUGUACAUGUCAAAUAACAUUGAAAAAUCAAACUGUUCACCGUACCAUGUUGACUUCUUUAUAUAUGGAUUAACAUACAUGAAAUUAUAUGUGUUCCCCAUUUAAUCCAUAUUUUUUUUUUUCUACAUGUUAUCUUUACGUUUAUUGAAUUCUGAUGAUUUUAAUUUGCUGAUACAAUUAUGCCUACAUUCAAACUAGUCAGAAAAAAGAGGCAUUUGAUGGAUUUAAACGACUUGACAUAACAUUUGAAAUUAUUAAUAUCACUUUAAUAUGCCAUAGCAAUCUCCAAAAGUUUUUUGGGCAUUGCAUGUAAUAUGGUAUGUGGGCUAUUAAACUUAACUCCAAUACGGGUCUUAAUGUCCAGGAAAAUUCUGGGUAAUUGCCUUAUUGCAUUUGGCUGGCUAGUAAAAUGAAACCUGAGUCAUCAAUAUUUUCUGGAUAACAAUACCGUGUGGUCAGCAAUGGACUUGUGACUUUGGCGGAGACUGCCAUAGGUGCUGAAUCCAUGUGAUUCUGAGCCCAGGAUGGAUAAAGCCUUAUGAAAAAGAAUGUUUAGUUUCAUUCUUAGGUAUUCCAUCUCAUACAUUGGUGAACCAUUAAAUCAUUUGUCCUUACCUUUCAUAUUUGCUCUUAGCGGACUAAGCACUUUUAGAAUGUCAGCAGUGUAUUUAUCUUAUUAAAAUACUAAUAAGGGUAGAAAGAAAGCUUUUUUUAAAUUAAAUACUUGUCAUUGUUAUUGUUUGUGAUUUAUUUGUACUGGUCAUUGUUACAGCUUAAAGCAUCCUUUUUGAAGCUGUCAUUGAUUUUCAUCAUACUUGCUCAAGAGUUGAAUGAAUGACCAUGUUAUAUUUUUGCUCUGCUCUGGGAAAAUGGGGCUUAUUUCAUAUGGGAAGUGUCGUCUCAGAUUAGCAUGUGCAGUUAAUAUAGGCUUAUCAGUAAUGACAACGUCCACGAAGUUUUUUUUUGUUUAGAAGGGUUUUGCUUGAAACAAAAAAUUCCAUGACAGCAGAAUGUGUUGUCCCUUAUUAGCCUGUGCAAACUUCACAGGCUAAUAUUUGAGUACACUUUUUGCACAUGCAUUAAGUCGCAUUUUCCCCAGAGCUCAUUUGUUUUUCUUGGGUAUCAUAAACAUUUUAUGUGGCUGUACAUUGUAAAUUUGACAAAAUGUAUCAUAUGCAGUGUUUAACUGUAUGUAUCACAAUACCUUACGUGAGAUUUGUAUAGCUAUGUUUUCGAUAUACAGUCCCUUAACCACUUGCUAAAAGAACUGUUUAUGAACUGUAACCAUGAAUCAUUUCCCAUAAUUUUGUAUCAUUUUUGUAAAUGGUGGUUUAUCUAUCGUCAUUGUAGGACACUUUUAUUGACAAAUUUUCAGAUUUCAAAUUUGUCACACAUCUUUCUUAGGAGUAAACAUAUUAUAUCCAUAUUAUAAUAGGAAAAUCUUGAAAGGUCACUGAAACACAUUGUUUGCUGUGAAUGUGUUGUUAAAUAUCAUUUUGUUCUGUUCAGACAAUUUUUAAGACAUAAAUGCUGUAUUUCUUGCAAAAGAUAUGUUGGUCAUUGUUUAAAAUUUCAGAUAUUGCCAUUAUAUUGCCUCUUUGAAAAUUACUGUUUUUUUUAUUAAUUACAUGUUAAUGUCUUAGAUUUUUAAUGUGUACACAAAUAUGGAUGCAUCUUUUAAAAAUAUUUUGAAUAUUAAAAAAAAAAAGUGCAUAUUAAAAAAAAACAAAAACACAUUGCCAUUUUCUAACCAAGCCGCGUUUAUUCUUGCACUUAAGUUACACAUUAUAUCAAGAUUGAAAAACUUGUGUUAUAUAUUUUAAGUGAUAAUAGAUAGUGCUAUGUGAAAUCCAUACAAGGGACUUCGUGCUAUCAUAUGUGGUCAUAAAUGCAAUGUAUGUGUUUAUCAAUUAGCUAUAUGCCGGAUAGUAUAUCCUGGUAAUAUUCUGAAACAUUUAAACAUUAUGUCUACAUCAUUACUACAAACAUAUUUAUGGGAUGGGAUCUUAUCCAGAGGUUUAACAUGCAUUUAGCUGUAUUUAGUUGUGUUUCCAGGGUUGUAAAUAGAUAGUGGGCAUUGGACAAGGUGGCUGCAUUAACCCAUUUAUGCCUAGCAUCUAGAAAAAAGGCCUUGGCAAACAGCGUAGACCCAAAAGAGACACCGCAUGAUGCAGCGUCUCAUCAGGGUCUGCGCUGUUUGCUGAAAGGACUUUCUGUAAGAAAUAUUCUAAAUAUAGAAAUAAAUAUACUAGGCAUCCUAAUUUUGGAAAUACAUUUAUCCAAUUUAGAAGGAUGGAAGAGUCCACUAGGCAUAAAUGGGUUAUACAUCAAGUUCAUAGCAAGUACAUGUAUGUGAUAAUACACCUUGCCAGUUGUAAAAUUGCCUGUACACUUUCACAAAAUCUUGUGUCGUACAAUUUUUUUUGGCUCAUUGUAUAAAUGAUAUCAACUCAACUGUACAUUGCAUUAAUUUUUCUCUGUCACCAUCACUGGACAGAUGCCCAAGUUAUUGAUCUGCAAAAUGAUGUUUGUCUAUUAAACUUCAUAGCACCAUGAUUAAAUGUAAAGACAAUAUCCAAUUGAAAGUCUGUCUUUGUAAAUUAAUAUCAUGUGCAGUUAGUUUCAUUGCUUCAGUUACGUUGUUUUUUUUACACUUUUAUAUAACAGUUUUUGAUAACGAGAAUUACAAAGCACUGUUCAUUCAAGUCAAGGUCAUAUUUAAAUCAUAUUUGAUCUAAUUGGUUUUGGCCACAAAUCAUUUUAACAUCUCUCAAUCACUGUUUAAGGAGAAGUUUAACAAUGUUCUUUUACACGAAAUAGUUUUUCAACUAAGGAAGUGAAAUCAUAUAUUUGGGCCAUAAUUAUAGUGUAGUGAAUUACAAAACUGUUUUAGUUCCAUUAGUUUUUUGUCCGAAACAGUCAAAUUAUUGCAUGUAUUUAUUAUUUAAAUGUGUAACAUGUAUUGGGAGAAUUAAGUAGCUCGUGAUAGACUUGAAUGAAUGAAUAUAUCAUAGCCAGUAUUGCGGUUAUUAGUAAAUAUGUAUGCAAGGACAAUACAAUCGGUGCAACUGACCCUUAACUUGAAAUGCAAAUAAAUAUUUUGUCAUAUUA